AUGAAUAUUUAAGAUUAAGACGAUUUAGACGCAUGGCUUGUUGAAGUAGAAUUAGCUAGCUAAAAAAUUAAAGACUUAGCUUAAGGAAAGGUCAAAGUAGAAGAUUUUGACCGUAAAGAGAAAGAAAGAUUAAGGAAAAAAGAAGAAGAAAAGCGUAAGAAAGAAUAGGAAGAGGAGAGAUUAAGAAUGGAAGAAUACGAAAGAAAGAAAUAAGGACGCAAAGGAAAAGGAGUUGAAAAUAAUUAUUUGAGUUUUUGCAAAUUUUGUUUUUGGGAGUAUGAACUUCCCACACCUUAAUGUAUAAGAUGUAACAAGGACACAAUUACUUAUGAUUAAAGAAUGGAAGAAUUAAAAGGUAAAGUUGAUGAUUAUAAGAAGCACAAGGUAAAAAGAGAUGAAAGAAAAAAGAAGUGGGAACUUUGGAAAAAGACAUAGUCAAUGCUUUGGAAAAAGACAAGCACAAAUUACUCUAAAUGGGAUUAUUAUACAUCAGAAUCUGACUCUGAGCCUGAAAAUUCUGAACCUGUUGUACCUAAAGAUGAUCCAAAUUUUAAGGCCUUAGAGAUGGAUAUUGAAUAAAGAAAGAAAAAAAGAGCAAAUGAUAGAAUUAUUGCAGAGGGAUAUAAAUAAAAGGGUAACGAUGCUAUGGCCAAAGAAGAUUAUAAGUAAGCAGUUGAAAUGUACUCUUUAGGCUUAGAUAGCAUGAAAGAUAUAAAAGCUCUUUGGACUAAUAGAGCUUUAGCAUAUAUUAAGCUAAAAAAAUACUCUAAAGCUAUUGAAGAUUGCACUCGUAUUUUAGAUUACUGCGAAUGCUUCGAAGAAGGGUACACCAAAUCAAGAGAUAGUGCAUUUAAAGCUUUCUUAAGAAGAAGCUAUGCAAGAAAAGAAAAAAAGGAUUACAAAUAAGCUUUAGAUGAUAUUUUAGAAGCUCUAAAAUUAUACCCAAACGAUAAGGCUGCACUUGAUUUAAAGACUGAAUUAGAGUUUAUCUAAAAGCAUAAAGAGUAAGCCUCAAAACUGUUACCAAAGCAUGAAUUUGAAGUCCUCAACCCUUAGUCAGAGAAUCAAUAAAAGAAUCAAGCUGAAGUACAAAAUGCUGAAAAUAAAAAAUAGGAAAAUGAAGAUGAAGAUGAAGAAGACUAAGAUCUAGAAGAAAGAAAGGUAGAAAACAGAACAGAUUAAAAAUAAGCAAAAGUACCUUUAUCAGAAAAAUAAACAAAUUAGCAUGAAUUAAAUGAAGUUGUUAAAGAUUAAAAGGAAAGCGUAGAACUCUAAUAAAAGCCAGUAGAUGAACAAGAUAAAACUUUAGAUUAAAAAGCAAAAUUAUAAGAGUAAAAUAUAGACUAAACUCAAUAAAAUGGAUGUUAGAGUGAGCAAAAGUAAGUAAAAACUGAAUCUUAGCCUGAACAAAAUAACAAUAAAGAGAAUAUCUAAACUGAAAAUUAAAAUAAAGAUGAAGGAGAUAUAAAAAAACGAGCAUAGAAAGUUGAUAGAAAUAGAAAUUAUAAAAAAUGUGUUGACUAUUUUAUGGCGAAAGAUGCUUCUGAAAUUGACGAUGAUGAUUUAAAAGAAAUUGUUGAACAUAUUGCACGUAAUAAUGAAGCAAAAAUAUACUUUUUCGAGAAAAAAGCUACAGCUAGAAUUGAAAAUUUACUUAAGCUAAAAAAACAGUGCUAUCUCUUAGCUAACACAUUAAUAGAUGAUAACAUUUUAUAUCAGACCUAAUUUUUAAAAAAUGAAUGCCAUUUGUUGAUAUAGUCUCGUGUUUAGGAAUUAUUGAGUGAAAACUAAAAUUAGGCUUCUGGUAAUUAUAGCGAAAUCGAAGAUGCAUUUGAAGUACUUAAUACACUGUCUACUCUAGAGCAAACUAGGAAUAAGCUAUCAUCUGACAAAAAGACAAUUGAAUUCGUCAAAAAUAUGUGGGAACCUUUAGUUAAAAUUUAUCAAAAGGAACCUUAUAUCACCUCAAAUUACUUAAUCUUUGUAUCUAAUAUGUGCUAUGGCUAGACAACUGUUAAAAAAAAUUUAAUCACAGACUUAAACAAGAUUUUAAAUGACUUGAAUAAUAUUAUGUAGAAUGAAAAAAAGAAGUUUAGUUUUGAGUCUUUAAGAGAAAACUGUUACAAUUUAAUAGCAAAUUUGUUGACUGAAGAAUCUGUCAGAUUAUUAUUUAGCUAAGAUAAGUACACUCAAGUGCUUGAGACAGUCAUUAUGAGAAUAACUUAUUAUGAUUUAGCUUAAAACCCAAAAUAUCUUAAGUCUGCAGAAGCUGCCUUGGCUCUUUUAGUUAACAUCAGCUUUUAAGCUACUCCUUAAAUGCAAGUGAUUCUUAAGAGACUCUGUACUGAUUUAAUAAUUAUAGGUAGGUUUUUCAAGCUUAAUUGGAGAAACUAGCAAUAUUUUGAAGUUUACAAUAGAUCUCUGCAAAUAUUGGCAAAGCUCGAUUACACAGACAGUAAACUAGCUGAAAGACUAUUUGAACUAUAGGAUAUGUUUGAAAAUGAAAAGUUUGCAGGUCAUCUCAUCCGUUUGUAUGCUAAUAUUACAACAAACCCCUCUCAAGUGGCUAUUUUGAAGGACAGCAAAAAAGUUGAUUUUAAAAAUUUAAGUAAAAUCCUCAAAAAAUACAUGAACCAAGAUGAGGAGACAAAGUUUUGCAACUCUUGCAAUUUGGCUUCAUAUAUAAAUGAAUUCGUUCCAGAUUUAUUAAUUGAAUAUAAGGAAACAAUUCCUCGCCUAAUAACAGUUUGCAAAGAAAAGACAGGAAAUCUAAGAAAAAAUGCCGCUAUUUUCUUAGCAAAGUUAGCUAAAAAUUAAUAAAAUUUAGAAGUUAUUCGCUCCUUACAUGGUAUUGAAAUUUUGCAUUCUAUUACUUCAUUAGUCGUUUAAAAAUGA